CUUGAAAAAAUUUCAGGGCACUUUGCCAAAAGAUGUCGCUUGUGAUGAAAAUACUAAUCUGCCUGUUGAAAAUGGUGACAUAAAUGAAGAACCUGUUCUUCAAGAUAAUUUAAAGUCCACAUCAAAACUGUCUGGACGACAGAGAAGAAAGCCAGCUUGGUUGAAUGAUUAUGAUCUUGAGUAACUGACAUAUUCUAAUUAAUUUCAGAUGUUUAUAUGCGAUAGAUACAGGCGGCACGGGCAGCGUUGUUGCGCUACAUUUCCCAAAGAAGAUCAACUGAAAGUUCAUUGCGAGCUUUGUCAUUCCUAUAUUUCCUGUGAGGUGCAAGGCUGCAAGAUGCGUAUACUGAAGUCUAAUCCCGACAAAAUACAACGUCAUAAGGAGAAUCAUACCAAACAGACUCCAGCAGCAAGCCCUAUUAUCACCUAUAUUCCUCCCACUACCACAUCUACAACAUCUCUUUCUGCGGAAUGUCUAACCAAUACAGUAUCUACUGCAGUAGCGCCCUUUGUCCCAUUACAGCCUUGGACAAAGGACAAUUUGCCAAUUGAUUGUCCACCUGACAUCUUCGAUGAUGAUUCUGACAGCACAUUGGUGUACGAUCCAAUGCAAUACCUCACCUUUGACAGUUUACCUGAUUCGGUCAUUAAUAGCGAACCAAACAAAUAUACUGACGCUCUGAAAAGUGAUUUAUUCUUUAAUAGUGGUAAAACUCAGUGUGUUGAGUCUGCCACAAAAAGUACCAAGAAGCCAAACACAGAGGAGAAACUGGAUGCCUUGAUUUCCAAGUACCAACACAUUGUGGGCUUGGACAAGCCAAUCGUUGAACAUCUAAAAACAAGGACACAGCCGGUAAAACUACCAAGUAGUAAAACAGAAUCCAAAGCAAAAUUCAAUAGAAAAGUGGUGAUACCUAGAAAGGGCAAGCCUAUCAUUGAACAUCCAAAACCAAGGGCUCAGUCGGUAAAACUACCAAGUAGUAAAACAGAAUCCAAAGCGGCCAUUUUUCAAAAUGGCGGCCAUUUUUCAAAAUAGUGGCCAUUUUUU